CGUCCAUAAUUCACUUCCAUACGCGGGUUAGUGGUCGCACACUCUUACAGUAAGAGACAUAUUAACUCUAGAAAUAUAUAUAGGAUAUACACAUACAGAUAUGCAUAUCCAUCUCUGACACACAUCAACAAAGCUCCAAACAUGGCUCAUAGACGAUCUCCCACCUUCCUCUCAACUAUUCUCGUCUUUCUCAUCCUCUGCGACCUCUCCUAUGGCCGAUUCAUCACCGGCCGUCCAUCCUCAGAUCUCAUCUCCGACGGUGUCCAAGAUGGUUUGCGGGGUCCGCAAUUUCUCCGGCUCAAUCGGUUCUUUGCGGACGAGUCUUGCGAUCAGACGUACGGCUUCCUGCCCUGCACCACCACCGUACUCGGCAAUCUCUUCCUCAUAAUCGUCUACGGUUACCUGAUGUUCCUCGCUGCUACGUACCUAUCCAGUGGAAGCGAGCUCUUGUUGGAGCUUCUUGGACCUGGUCUUGUUGGAGGACUCUUGCUUCCCACGCUCGGCGCUCUACCAGAUGCUAUGCUCAUUCUAGUAUCUGGAAUCUCUGGAAGUACAGAAACUGCUCAGAGUCAGGUAUCGGUUGGCAUGGGCUUGCUAGCUGGGUCAACAGUGAUGCUGCUUACUGUAGUAUGGGGAACAUGUGUUGUUGUUGGCAAGUGUGACCUUGAUCAAGAUUCAAUUGCAAGAGAUGGAAAAGAUACUAAGGGAUUUAGCUUAACUGAAUCUGGUGUCUCUACUGAUAUCUGGACCAGCUAUGCUGCAAGGAUCAUGGCCAUAUCUGUAGUGCCCUUUUUAGUUGUCCAAUUACCACAACUUCUCAAUUCUACUUCAGGAAGACAUUUAGCAAUCCUGAUUGGACUUAUUGUCUCUUUCUCGCUACUAGUUUCUUAUUGCCUUUAUCAGGUUUUUCAGCCUUGGAUCCAGAGCAGACGACUUGAUUUUGCAAAGCAUAAGCAUGUAAAAUCCGGAAUUUUGAAACAUUUGGGUUCCCGUGAAAAGUUCCUCAAUGAUGAUGGCACGGUUAAUCAGGAUAUUGUAGAAAAGCUAUUUAAGAUGAUUGACGGGGAUAAUGAUGGAUUUAUUUCAGAUGCUGAAUUGAGAGCACUAAUUGUAGGAAUUCAGUUUGAUAAUAUAAACUUAAAUCAGGAAGAUGCCGUGGAUAAAGUGAUGAAAGAUUUUGACAUUUUAACUCGUGAUUCUAAAGUUGAUAAGCGAGAGUUCAAAGAGGGAAUCGAAAGAUGGCUUGAGGAGGCCAAGUGUUCUGGGGAUUCUUCUCCUGAGGGUGGUCCUGGCGCAAAAAAUUACCUGGAUGAUUAUCACAAGCAAACAAAGAGAGAACAUUAUCUUUUGGGGGAUCACAGUGAUGAAGCCACUGAGGGUGCUGGAAAUCCUAGGUGGACAAUAUUUAAAGCAGUAUUGUUAUUGUUGCUGGGAGCUGCCAUUGCUGCUGCAUUUGCUGAUCCUUUGGUAGAUGUUGUUGAUAAUUUCUCUGAUGCCACAGGCAUUCCUUCUUUUUUUAUCUCAUUCAUUGCGCUGCCUAUGGCAACCAACUCCAGUGAAGCAGUGUCUGCGGUUAUUUUUGCCAGCCGGAAAAAGCAGAGAUCUGCCUCAUUAACAUAUUCGGAGUUAUACGGUGCUGUUACCAUGAACAACACACUUUGCCUAUCAGUGUUUUUGGCCCUUGUUUAUUUUAGGGGAUUGACCUGGGACUUCUCAUCUGAGGUGCUGGUUAUUUUGAUUGUUUGCGUUGUGAUGGGUGCCGUUGCCAGCUUCCGCACCACCUUCCCUCUUUGGACCUCUUUAGUGGCUUUCGCAUUUUACCCAUUCUCCCUGGCGCUGGUAUAUGUUCUCGACACCUAUUUGGGCUGGUCAUAGGUUCAGUGGUGGUGGCGCUCUCUGGUAAACUAUUGUUAGUUGUCAUGAUUCUCUCUUUUUACUUGAGGGAUGGUUUUUUUUUUUUUUUUUUUUUGGGUGCUUGAGUUUGAUGCAUUUAGAUGACACUCGGGACUGUCCUUAAGUGAUUUUGAACUAUCUUGGAACUUUGGCAUGGCAUUGCAACUUCUUUCCAGAUGUGUAUAAGGCUGUGACAUUUUUUCCGGAAGCCAUUUUGAUAUUUUCUGUAUAAACACCUUCUUGGUUGCGGGUGGGUUGUCCCUAAGUACCAUAUAAUUGUUUUUUCUAAA